AUGAAUAGUUUCAAAAGUGAUGACGAGCCUUAUGAUUUCGAUGAGCCCAGACUCUUUGAAGACAUUAAUGUUGUCAAUUAUCAAAAAAAUCAACUCGUCGAAAGUACCAAAAAACUUUCACCGUCACCACCAUUGUUUCAACAACAACAGCAAACGUCAUUGACCCGUGAGACAGCAUAUCCGAUUUCUACAUUACAAUACCAGUUCAUCCGAUUCAAUGUUGAGAGAAUCGAA